AUGGUUCAUUUUAUCGAGAUUCAACAAGAGCUCCUUUUCUAUGUUAAUAGCCCUGAGAUUCCAUAUUUUCAUUACACUUCAGCCUUGACACACAAUAUAUCUGGAACAGCAAAAGCUUGCGCACAAACAGUAUUAGCUACCUACUGGUACCAGGAAACGAAAUCUUUGCUGUGGUGGUGUUCGAAUCUGAUAGUGCUCAUUGGCAGCGCUUGUUACACGUGGGUCAAACAAAUCGAUAUGGAGAGGAGGCAUCGCUCAAAGCUCUUCGCUGCUGGUCAAGCAUACGUGGUUUUAAGUAGGGUUAAAUCAUCAGGUAUCCUUAUUGAAGAGCUGGACUGUUCGAAAUUACCCGGCAAACGAUCUUGCAACAAUGAUGCGCUGAAUGAAAUGAACAGACUGAGAAACCUGGCCUGCGAUAACUGA